UCCAGUGAAACAGUGGAGUGUGAGGCAGAAGAGGUGGAUAACCUGAUAAAGAGACAGUGAGUUGGAGAAGCACAUUUUCGAUGAAAAAAAAAAGAUGACAAGUUGAUGUUUGACUGAGUUUGAGCCAGAGCUGCAGCUUUAAGAGAAGGUGAACAGUGAGAGGCAUUCCUAGUAAUGGCGAGUCUACCAAAGGAACCCCUUGAUGAUCCCAAGAAGCAGAGCUUUUGGAUGCCAGGUAACUAUGUGUGUACAGUGCACAGAACGGACCAAUCCUUUCAGGCUUGCAAUGACAUCAUGGCCUGCUUCAUGGAGAGAGCGAAGGUGGAAAAACAGUAUGCCCAGCAGCUCAGCCAGUGGAGCAGCAAGUGGAAAUCCAUCAUUGAUUCUCGGCCCCUUUAUGGUUCCCUCAUGAGGGCGUGGCAAUGCUUUUUCACCUCCACCGAACGCCUGUCAGCCCUCCACUCCUCCAUCUCAGCGUCGCUCACCACAGAGGAAAGAGAGAGGGUGAAGACCUGGCAGAAGGAGACCUUCCCCAAGAAACUCUUCUGUGGAUUCAAGGAGAGCUACGACAACAAAACCAGUUUCUCACGUGCACAGAAACCCUGGUCCAAAAAGCUAAAGAAGCUGGAGAAAGUCCGUGUCGCAUACCACAAGUCCUGCCAGAGGGAGCAAGCGGCCCUGGAUAAGGAGAGGCAAGCAAACGACAAUCCUGAGCUGAGCGAGGAGAAAAAGCUGAAGCUCGCAGAGGCCAAGGAAAGAGCUGCGGAGGAAAAAGGAAAAGCUAGAGAUCGAUAUGAAAAAGUUCUAGAGGAUCUGACCUCCUAUACACCCCGCUAUAUGGAGGAGAUGGAGGCCAUUUUUGAUGAGUCCCAGGAGGAGGAGAGAAAGAGGAUCAGCUUUUUAAAGCAAGUGUUCCUCUCCAUCCACAGACAUCUGGACAUCACCAACAACGAGAGUGUAAAAGCAGUUUAUAGCGAGCUCCAUCAGACUUUGAUGUCCAUCGACGAGCAGGACGACCUCAAAUGGUGGAAGAACAAUCAAGGUCCUGGCAUGCCGACGGAUUGGCCAAAGAUUCAGGAAUGGGUCCCACCAGUGAAAAAACUAAAGAGAAAAAAAAGGAACCAGAAGGGAAAAGAAAGUCGUCCUGUGAUGAUUGGCGGUGUGAAGGUGAGAGCUCUGUAUGACUACGAGGGAGAGGAGGGUGAUGAGCUGUCCUUUAAAGCAGGUGAGAUCUUCCUAAAGGUGGAGGAGGAAGACGAUCAAGGGUGGUGUCGAGGCGUGCUGAGCGGAGGGAAGGAGGGCUUCUACCCUGCAAACUAUGUAGAAGUUGUUGAGUGACGUCCCAGCAGACGUCGAGUUAUGAUCUGAUUUUUUUUCUCAAAACUUGUUUUUUAUGCUUAUUAAAGCAGCACAUUGUUAAUGUAUCUGUUAAAGGUUUUCAUGUCAGAUGAAGAUCCACAACCAGCUGAUUUAACCACGAUGCCUUAAUAGCCUAACCUACUGUAGCAGGGGGGUUGUUUUUUUUUACCUUUCAGGAUCUAGGGUGUACGGUUUGAGCUGUAUGUGUACAUGCACAAAUGUGUAUCUGCAUGUUGUGUGCUUUUAAAGAAAAUUAAUAAUUUAAAAAGUAUUUAUUUACUGCCACUAUAUAUAAGUUAUAAUAGCACAGUAGUGAAGUUAAGGCUGACAGUAUGAACAAGAAGAAGCAAGUUUACAAUGCUCUGUGCAUGCAGUGUGAAUGUUUACCUUAUAUGUAUUCUAAACACAUCAUCUUUAACAAGUUGAAUUUCACAAUAAAACAGUUUUUUGCUCACAAUAUCUUAGUACAUGGCAUAUGAUGAACAUAUGAAUAGAAAUGAAAGAAAACAAAUCUUUAGCAUCAUCUUUAUUCAUUUUAUUGCCAAAUAAACACAUUGUCAGAUUUAAAGGUU